AUGAACUGGCUCUUGGGGAGUAAAACGAAGGCUGUGUCUACGACGAAUUUACAGGCACAAAAAAAUAAGCAAAUUGAUUCUCUCAGAAAAGUCAAUCCAAAAAUCCAGGAAAUUUUCCGUGACGUCGAGUACCAUGUUCCUUUUGUUAGCGGCAAUACCAAUGUUCUUCUCAGAGUUUCCCUCCCCCCACAGUUCCCACAAGAGAAACCAGUGGUCACUGUUCAGCCGCCAGCAAGACAUGCAUGGGUUGACGCACUGUCGAAAGUAACCGGUUGUCCAUCUCUGAACAAUUUCUCAAUGCACAGUAGCCUUGGUGAAGUGAUCCAGUCAAUUAUUGAAGAAUUCAAUAAGAAUCCUCCUAUUCUUAUGCCAUUCAACAUCAACACUCCCCAGUCUACCCCCAACUAUGUUAUAGGGGGUCCUGCUCCAAGCCCAGUUACCAGUACUAAUAUGGUGAAUAUGUACCCCCACUUCCGGCAGUCCAACCCCACUACUGUGACCCCCAGCCCAAAGGCUCCCCUGCCAGUCACAAAUGGGAGCACCCCUGCCAACUUGCCAAACUUUCCUAUACAGCAAACAUCACAAAAUACAGAGGUAAGUAGUAACUGUCUUGUUUGGGGGGUACUUCUGACGCGUCUACUUUUUCUUUCUUUCUUCUUUUUUCUUUCUUCUUCUUUUUCGUUCUUUUCUUCUUUUUUCGUUCUUUUCUUCUUUUUUUUCGUUCUUUCUUUUUCUUCUUUCUUUUUCGUUCUUUCUUCUUCUUUCUUUCUUUUUUUCUUCUUUCUUUCUUCUUUCUUUUCGUUCUUUCUUUCUUUUAGUUCUUUCUUUCGUUCUUUCUUUCUUUUUUCUUUCUUUCUUUUUUCGUUCUUUCUUUUCCAUUCUUUCUUUUUUCGUUCUUUCUUUCGUUCUUUUCUUUCGUUCUUUCUUUCUUUUCGUUCUUUCUUCUUUCUUUCUUUCGUUCUUUGUUUCUUUCUUUGUUUAACUAACCGUUCUUUUUCGUUCGUUCUUUCGUUCGUUCUUUCUUUAAUUUCUUUCUUUCUUUCUUUCUUUCUUUCUUUCUUUUUUCUUUCUUUUUUUCUUUCGUUCUUUCUCUUUCUUUUCUUUCUUUUUUCUUUUUUUUUUUCUUUCUUUUUUUUUUCUUUUCUUUUUUCUUUCUUUUUCUUUCUUUUUCUUUCUUUCUUUCUUUUUCUUUCUUUCUUUUUUUUUUUUCUUUUUCUUUCUUUUUUUUUUUCUUUUUUUUUCUUUCUUUUUUUUCUUUCUUUUUUUUCUUUUUUUUUCUUUCUUUCUUUUUUUCUUUCUUUUUCUUUUUUUCUUUCUUUUUUCUUUCUUUCUUUUUCUUUCUCUUUUUUCUUUCUUUCUUUUUCUUUCUCUUUUUUCUUUCUUUCUUUUUCUUUCUCUUUUUUCUUUCUUUCUUUUUCUUUCUCUUUUUUCUUUCUUUCUUUUUCUUUCUCUUUUUCUUUCUUUCUUUUUUCUUUCUUUCUUUUUCUUUCUUUCUUUCUUUCUUUUUUUUCUUUCUUUUUUUUUCUUUCUUUUUUUUUUCUUUUUCUUUCUUUCUUUCUUUUUCUUUCUUUCUUUUCUUUUCUUUUUCUUUCUUUUUUUUUUUCUUUCUUUCUUUUUUUUCUUUCUUUUUUUUUUUUUUUUCUUUCUUUCUUUUUUUUUUCUUUUUUCUUUCUUUCUUUCUUUCUUUCUUUUUUUUUUUCUUUCUUUCUUUUUUUUUCUUUCUUUCUUUUUUCUUUCUUUUCUUUUUCUUUCUUUUUCUUUCUUUUUUUUUUCUUUCUUUUCUUUUUCUUUCUUUUUUUUUUUUUCUUUCUUUCUUUUUUGUCUUUCUUUUUCUUUCUUUUUCUGUCUUUCUUUUUUCUUUUCUUUUUUCUUUCUUUCUUUUUUCUUUCUUUUCUUUUUCUUUCUUUUUUUUCUUUCUUUCUUUUUUCUUUCUUUCUUUUUUUCUUUUUUUUUCUUUCUUUCUUUUUUCUUUCUUUCUUUUUUCUUUCUUUCUUUUUUCUUUCUUUCUUUUUCUUUCUUUCUUUUUUUUCUGUCUUUUUUUUUUCUUUUUUUUUUCUUUUUUUUCUUUCUUUCUUUUUCUUUCUUUCUUUUUUCUUUCUUUUUUCUUUUUUCUUUCUUUUUUCUUUUUUCUUUUUUCUUUCUUUUUUCUUUUUUCUUUCUUUCUUUCUUUUUUUCUUUUUCUUUUUUCUUUCUUUUUUCUUUCUUUUUCUUUCUUUCUUUUUUUUCUUUUUUUUUUUUCUUUUUUUUUUUUCUUUCUUUCUCUUUUUCUUCUUCUUUUUUUCUUUCUUUUUUCUUUCUUUCUCUUUUUCUUCUUCUUUUUUCUUUUUUGAUUGGCAAUCUUCUUUUUUUUUUUUUUUUUCACUCAAUACAAUCCCCAAUAGCCACUCAAGUGGCUACAAGAUGCCAGACUUACCAGCUUCAUUUCCUUCACUGAAAAAUAAAAGCAUAGCCGAAUUAAAUGAACUGAUGAACGACGACGAUAAGUUGUUUGAGAUGUUACAGAAAAUGCCGGAAGUUAUUAAAAUUGAGAAAGAGAGAGUGCAGAUGUCUGCCGAUUGUAUAAAUUUAGCAGAAGACAAUUUGAAGAAAAGGCCAAUUACUGAACAACUGAAGAAAUCCUUACUAAAAAAGUUGGAUGAAUUGGAAGUUUUACAAAAUGAAUUUGAAGAAGAGAGUGAACGCCACAUGAGUUUGUCCGACCAAUUCCACCCGACAAGUAUUCAAAGUAACAUCAAAGUGGCUGUGAUGGAAUCGGAAGAAAAGUCUGAACAGAUUGCAGAAGACUUUCUUGAAGCCUUCCACCAUCCUACUUUGUUAUAUUUACCCUCCCAAUGUUCUUCUGCUCGAUCAUACUCUCUCUCCUUUUUCCUUUGUUACUCUUGUCCUCAUCCUCCUCUGUUAUACUUCUUUACAUCUUCACCUUCUCUCCUCUUUCCUUUGUUAUUCUUGUCUUCAUCUUCACCCUCUCUCCAUCCGCCAUUUUUAUUCUUGUCUUCAUCUUCACCCUCUUUCCAUCCGCCUUUUUUUUUAUUCGUCUUUAUCAUCACCCUCUCUUCAUCCUCUUUUUUUUUAUUCUUGUCUUCAUCCUCACCCUCUCUCCAUCCGCCAUUUUUUAUUCGUCUUCAUUCUCACCCUCUCACCAUCCUCCUUUUUUUAUUCGUCUUCAUCCUCACCCUCUCUCCAUCCGCAUUUUUUAUUCGUCUUCAUCCUCACCCUCUCUCUCCAUCCAGCUUUGUUAUUCUUGUCCUCAUUUUCACUCUCCCUCUAUCCUCCUUUUUAUUCUUCUGCUCAUCCUUACUCUCCCUCCUUUUUUUUAUUCUUCUAUUCCUCCUUACUGUUUCUGCAUUGAAAUUCUUUUACUCAUCCUUACUCUUCCUCUAUUGA